GCCAAACCCUAGGGCAAUUUUUCACCGACUCGGCAAACCCUCGACUAAAUUCUUUUGAGAGUUACGAGCCAUCGCGACAAACGGACGGGUCACGGUCGAGGAAGACUUUUACUAACGCAACUCUCGCAAAUCACAUCAGACUCUCAAGAUGUCGUCGGGAAAAGUCAAGGCUGCCCAGCUCUGGGGCAAGAACAAGGAGGAGUUGGCCAAGCAGCUCUCUGAGCUCAAGGCUGAACUCGGCCAGCUCCGCAUCCAGAAGGUUGCCUCCUCCGGCUCCAAGCUGAACAAGAUCCACGACCUGCGAAAGUCCAUCGCUCGUGUCUUGACCGUCACCAACGCCACUCAGCGCAACCAGCUCCGCCUCUUCUACAAGAAGUCCAAGUACCUGCCUCUUGACCUCCGCCCCAAGCAGACCCGUGCCAUCCGCCGCCGAUUAUCACCUGAGGACAAGGCCCGUGUUCUGGAGAAGACCAAGAAGCGCAACACUCACUUCCCCCAGCGCAAGUUCGCCAUCAAGGUACGACAGUCUUGAGAGUUGUCUGGAGCACAUGGACAUGUCUCCUCUACGGACAGGGGAACCAUGGGAGGAUUAUCGAGAAACCUUUGCUAACUUACACCGUCACAGGCCUAAAUGUUUUAAUUUUGCUUUGGAUUGCG